ACGCCAGCCAAUGGAACACCCUGUAUCUGCUCAUCAACACGUCUCUCUGGCUUUUCCUGCUAUUGCAUACACAAGCAUCAGUGAUGUACACAUGCAGCCUACACCCAGGCACGAGCAAUAACAUUGUCGUGAAGUGUAUUCAUAGUCCAGACAGCCAUAGAUUGCGUAGGUAGGCCACAGAGAGCAAACCCAUGUGUGCAGUGUGCAGCUACUACUGUGUCAGACCCUGUAAAACACGUUACGAACCAGGGGUCGUUUAAAAGUGACUGAUUUACGACUUUUAUUGCUCUAUAAAACGCCUCUAACAUCCUCGCUAGGGGUAAUAGAAAUGUCGCGAGCAUUCUGCACAAACAGCACAGCCAGAAAUGCCAUUUUACUACAUUUUAAAGCAUAUUAGUCCAUGUAAUUAUUACUGUGGAAAUAGAUACACCCUUUAAGUUGCAAUUUGGUGCUUUUGACCAACAGAUUAACUUGUCCUACUUCUGUUCAGGCUUAAUGUUUCUCCAAAUGGGAUCCUUUUACUUUUAUUAAACGCUUUCUUAUUAUUACAUGAUUUUUUUGUGCUUGCAUUUUGGCUGUUGAUGGUCGCAACAGCUAUUAUACCAAUAAAAAAAUACAGAAGGAGAAAGAUAAUCUGGAUGUUGUUGGGAGGCUGCUAAGCUAGUUCUCUCUCUCUCUCUCUCUCUCUCUCUCUCUCUCUCUCUCUCUCUCUCUCUCUGACCACUGCUGACUCCGGGACAGGAAUGGGAGGCAUACAGCACAUGACAAGUUUAUACAGGCAGGCUGGAUCAGUUUACAAUGUAACAGCAGACCCCCAGUAAUGUGGCUGGUGGUCAGUGCUUCAGCCAUGAUUAGCAUGUAACAUUUGGAGGCUGCAUUUCCAAAUGGCAAGACUGAUAUAGUAGUUUUCCUUUCUUAUUAUUAUUAUUUUUUUAUAAAUUCGGAAUAACUGGGGCUAUAGUAAAGUAAGGAAUAAAUAUGCAUUGUAAACAUGUGUCUAUACAAAUCAGUUGCAUUUAUUUCUCUACAUAUAUAGCAAUGUUGCAUUUUUCCUCUCAGCAUUUUUUUGCUAAAAUGUUGGUUUGAGCUAGUCCACACACAGAUUGAGUUGAUACAUGAUCACAUGUUUUUAUUAAGGCCAUAAAAAAGGUCACAACGUGUCUUGCAAGUUAAAGAUAAGGACUUUUCAUUGUUGUUAAAACAGAGAGCCAUGAUGAGAUGAAGAGAAUACAGUCAAGAGACAUAUUUUUUGUCAGAAAAAAAACCCUCAAUGGUAUUAAAUAAUUUAAAUUUGCAAGUCAACAAGCAUGGCACCUCUAAACAGGACUGCCCUGCGUGUGGGAGGGCGCUUCAGUUCAAUGUGAGGGUGCACAUCUUCUGCUAAAUGCUCUUACUAUAUAUGCAACAACCAAAUGUAACAGCUUCUCUUCUUCGGUGACACAAUGCUGCUCCUCUGCAGUUAAGUCAGCAGAUCAAAAUUAACUGAGACUCUGGUCUGUGACACCAUAAUGACAUUGGUCCCCACAGCUGACUGAUCCGUGACAUCAUAAUGAUGCUGCUCUGCACAGUUUGUGACACCACAGUGGUACUGUUUUAUGUUGGCUGCUCUGUGAUUUCACAGUGGUAGUAUUCAGUUAGUUUGGUCUGCUCCCCUGUUGUCUGGUCUGUGACACCAUAACUGUUUUUCACAACUCAUUUCUCUUCUUCUUUAUCCACUGUUUUGUUGGUGACAUCACAAUGCUCAUAAUGAUGGCUUUUGUUGAAUAAUUGUUGUAUCUUUCAGAAUUAGAGGUUAUUAUUAAAGAAUAAAUGCAUUUGGCUUUUCUCUUUUAUUUACUUUUCUUUUUUUGUGCUGUUGACAAGGACUGCCUUUCUUAUCAUCUUAUUUGCUUUAUUGGAAAGCACCCCACAACUUUGCUUCCAUCUGAUUUUUGCUGCUGUGACAUUUAAAGCAGAAUCCUUACUUACAACCAGGCCAAUCUUUAAUAGUAUCCUUAACAAUGCUUGAUUAAAAGUUGAGCCUUUUAAUGAGUAGUCUGAAAGAAAUAGGAUGUCAUUUCAAAACAGACACAUAUCUCCUCAUUGAAUGAAGGCUUUUGUUUCGGCUGCCUGACUCCUUCCUGUCCACCUUUCUCCAACAUUAUAAAUGAUCAGACCUAUUUCCAAAACCCAACCACACCUCCAGAGCAUCUCACCACUCCAGUCCUCUGUGACAUUUAGAUUCACAAUAAACCUUUUACACAUUAGUGCUGAAAUGUUUUCUAGGAAAAUCAUCAAAGUGGAUGCAGCUCUAAUUCUUAAGUAUAUUAAUGGCCUAAAAUCGGUUUUACAGCUGAAGUGCUGUUACUUAAGAAUGUAUACCUUGAUUAAUUAACAGAUAACCUAUAUAUAAGGCGUGCAGGCUAAUACAAUGAUUGGUUUGCUAUUGUUGUACCUUAUCCUUGGCGAAUCACCUAUUGUCCCUUUGAGUAAUUGAGAGCAGUGGAUUUUGCCUGUUUUAUUUUUUCCUUGGUCAGCAACUAGCUACUAGUUUUGUCCCCAAGAUCAAUUGCCUUGGUAACGCAACCAGAGAGAGAGGGGGAGAGAGAGAGGUAGAGAGAGAGAGAGAUUUGUGCCCACAAUGGCGACUGUAGGUAUGCUAAAUACCUCUGGUUCCUUAUCCGGGAACUACCUCUUACUCUGCUAUUGGGCAAUUGGGUCACGUGGUAAAAGUAACUUUACAGGGCUGCUCGCAAGUAGGAGGGCUUUAUGGAGCAGAAAAACGACAAAGCUAGAAAAAUUAUUUUCCACUCCAGAAAUUAAUGAUCAUGAGCUCGUAUUUGAUGGAGUCUAACUACAUUGAUCCGAAAUUUCCUCCAUGCGAGGAAUAUUCGCAAAAUAACUACAUCCCUGAGCAUAGUCCAGAAUAUUACAGCCGCGCAAGGGAAACUGGCUACCAGCAUCACCAUCAGGAGUUAUAUCCUCCGCGGGCGAGCUACCAAGAGCGCCAGUAUAACUGUGCAAGCAUCCCUGAACCUGACACGCCAAGGGGACAUGGAAUACCCCAAUCUGCGCACCUGCUGACAGGGAAAGGGCAACCUGCUUCAUGUGAAACCCCACAGUUGUCCAUGUCCCCUGCCACCCCACCGGCCGCAACCUCCGCCUGCAACCAAGCUACCCCGGAGCAUCCAAACAGCACAGCCUCCUCCAAGCAGCCCGUGGUGUACCCAUGGAUGAAGAAAAUUCACGUCAGCACUGUGAGCUCGGCUUACAAUGGGACGGAGCCAAAGCGGUCUAGGACAGCAUACACCCGGCAGCAAGUCUUAGAAUUGGAGAAGGAAUUCCACUAUAACCGAUAUUUAACUCGACGGAGGCGCAUCGAGAUCGCCCACACCCUGGUUCUCUCCGAGCGACAGAUUAAAAUCUGGUUUCAAAACCGCAGGAUGAAAUGGAAAAAAGAUCACAGGCUCCCGAACACCAAAGUGAGAUCCUCUUCCUCCUCCUCCGGGUCCAACACAAGCUCAGCAGCCGGCGCUGUUGCGGCUGCCUCGGCCACUAACACUGGGGCCCCCGACGAACUCACCGGAGCACAGCAUGGCGAGGAUAUCACCAGGUUAUAAAACCACGAACCAAGAUUGGGGAUAGAAAAAGAACUGGUUAUUUAUAGAACAAUUAUAUAUUUUGUUUUGGUAGCUAUCUUGUGCGGUUUCCUUUAAGUCCAAAGUUAUAUAAAAUGCAUGUUAUAUAGCAUGGAUUACUGCGAAUACCGAUGAAUUAUUUUUACGUGACACAGGGUUUAAUUUAUUUGAAGCUCAAUUAAAAUGAUGUUUUUUAUUAAAAAAUGUUUUGAAUGAAGGAAAAAAAAAGUAGAAAAAAUAUACAUUUUAUCAAAAUGUUAUUGUGGGCCAUUCUUUUGCCCUGCUGCCCAAGGUGAAAUGCACAAUCUAUUUAUUUCAAACAACACUGGAAGGAAAUCAAUAUAAUAAUAGUUAUUUUUGGUAUAAAAAAGCUGGAACACACCAUUGAUCUUGAACUUGUAUGUUUUGGGAUAAUAACAAUGUGUGAAUUACCUCGUGUAUUUCAGAAACAGGAUUUUGAUUUACAAUUUAGUUUUGUGGUGUCGAUGUUGUGUUUAGACCUUAAAAAGCAGAUUAUUGUGAAAUGCAAUAAACGGAGUGUAGUGUACAUGUGCUAAUCAUAUUGGUCAAUAAAACAGUGAGUGUCUAAUAGUUUUA